AAGGUGACUCAUAUACUUUGGUGCUAAUAUUAACCUUAACAGCACAUCUGUUGAUUGUGUACUGUGAAAAUGCAUAAUCCUCAAACCACACUGUGCAUCUAACAAAGGCACUAGUUACCAUUACUGUUGCAAUUGUGCUACUCUGAGUGCCAUGUCGAGUUUGGCACAGCAGCUGAGUGCCAAGCGAGGGUCUCUGCGACACACCCAGACGCAGGUCACCACUCCUGAUGGCCACUCCAGGCUGGAGGAACUCUUCUCAGAUGGCACAUGCAAAGUGACCUCCGUGUCCUCCAGCAAUCCAGGGUUUGUGGUGGACACCAAACCUGACCUUCGUUACACCUUCAUCUUGAACAAGGUGAUCCUCGGCUCCCAGGAUGUGGCUCAUGAUUUGGACAUCCUCACCAACAACAAGGUCACUCACAUCCUGAAUGUGGCUACAGGAGUCAUUAACCUUUUUGAAGGAUGGUUCACUUAUAAGACCAAGGAGGCUUUUGACACACCCUCCUUUCGUAUCCUUGACAUCCUGGAUGAGUGUUGUGACUACAUCCACUCAGCAGUGGUGUCUGGGGGUUGUGUGUUGGUGCACUGCAAUGCUGGGGUGUCCCGUGCUGCCUCCAUAGUGAUGGCCUACCUCAUGAGGCACUACGGCAUGAGCUUUGAUGAGGCCUUCAGGUUUGUCAAGUCCAAGCGAUCAUUUGUACGCCCCAAUGACGGGUUUGUCAAGCAGCUCAAGGAAUAUGAAGCAGUCCUGGCAAAUGUGUAAUUCUGCUUUGAAUAAUUAUACAAUGUUCAUGCAUAACAAGAGUCUUACGAAAUAGCUCUCCUCACUUCUCCAAACUUCAAGCUAUUCAGUUUAUUCAAACAUGCUGUAUGUGAUCAGUGAAAGAAUUGAGAUUAUGAUAAGGAUUGAUUAACUGAAUGUGUGCUUGUGCUACAUACACAUAUUUAAUAACUAGUGCAUCUAUUUUUAUUACCAGUGUUAAUACUGUCAAAAUUUUUGUUACCAUCAUUUUGAAUAUGAAUCCAUAUCUCUAUAUCUGAUUGAGAUCCCCUGCUAAAGGAGGGGGGCCAAACAAGAUAUCACAUUGUGGCAAUAGAAAAAAGGCAUUCAUUCUUAGUUGCUCUGGUCAUUUUAUUCUUUUUACAUUGUAAUGAGAAUACAGUGGUAGUAUUCUUUAGACAUACCGUCAUCCUUACCAUAAGAAAAAUUGUAGUAAUAAUAAUACUGAUUAUUCAGAUGCCUUGCAUGAUGCAGCACAUUAGUAUACGUAUAUGUAUUAUUCAUUAAUGACCACGCACUGUACAGAUAUUACAUGAAGAUGCCUCAAAGAAGGUUAUAUGAGAAACACUAAUUGUGCAGCCCUUGACUUGGAAGAGAAAUUGAUCAUUGAAACUAAACAUAUCUAUAACAACUCUGACUAUAUUUACAGCAUCAGGUUUCUGUCUGUCUCACAAAGCUGUGUUCAUUACACAAAUUGUUUUCUUGAGUAAUUGUAGACUACUGUGGCACUUUAUACUGGCCAUCGUAAAGCUCCUUAGCCUGUUGUAGCUUUGGUGAUAAUGAAGUGGAACUAACCUUGAGUGUUACUAACAAAGUCACAGCAGAACAUAAUAAUGAUCUCUCAUUUAAUGGCUGAUACACAAAUAAAGAUGCCAAAUAAUUUUUCAUUACAAGUGAUGAAUCUAACCUCCUCUCAUCUUUCUAAGAAGUUUCGUUUGUACUUUUAUCUGUUCUGUUUUUUUCUCCUUGUCAUGUGCUGUGUAGAUCCCUAAUGGUAUUUGAAAUAUGCCUUGACUGGUACCUGUCACUUCCAGGCUUUUAGUGGACUAUUAAGGUGACUUCAUUGGCAUUAGUGUUAAGAGAUGUAUAAUAUUUCAUGUAUCACAGAUAACUAGAAGCACAUCUCUGGCUGACAAACAAAUAGGUGCAAGUAAAGUUAACACUACUAUAAUGGGGAAGUUUUUUUUUCAUCAGUGCUGCAAUGUUGUGCAUUACUGUUAUGUUGUAUUUUGCUCACUAGCUUUUAAUGUAACUAUUUUGCAUAUACUCUCCUCUGUGGUACUGGAGCCUUAACUUUUGAUAAGAUAUGAAAGACAUUUUAUAGUGAAUCACAAUACUUAUCAUAGGAAUUGAACAACUAUAUGUUUUCAAGCUCAAUAUCUCAUCUCAAGUUACUGUAUUGCCUUUUUGUCUGAAUUUGUAAUAUUGUGUCUGCUAUAAUGCAAUGUUUGUGAAUCCCCAUCACCACUUAAAGUGCAGGAAAGAGACAAAGUUAGAAUAUAGAAGCUAGUAGAGAAAAAUAACAACAGAUUGUAUGGUAGAAGACAAUACUUACUCAUUAUACAUUUUCUAUCUGUGCUCUGUCCUUCAGUCUUUUGGAGCAUUUGACUGAUUCCCUGGAGAGCCACCUCAGUGUUACCUGUUGGUGAUAUAAGGCAGGAAAUAAUUUACUAUCUGACUCAUAGACUAUAACAAAAUAGCUAUAAGCUGUAACACUGUAAUUGUAACAUUGUAUUCACAUGGUUUGGAAUUAACUUUUGACUCUUAGAAUGGUGAUGAGGAACUGUUUCUUGUAAUAUGUAUGGUUUUUUUUUUAAUGUUUGCCAAUUACAAUAAGGUGCUAUUUUAUAAUUAUGAUUUAAUACUUUUGUAUGGUUUUUAUAUGCUUUCCACAAAUGCUAUAAUUUUGUAUCUUUGAUUUUUAUAGUCAUGAAUUAUUUGUAAGAUAUUUAAUGUCCCCCCCAUGACACAUUUUAUUCAAUUGAUUUUAUACUUGAGAAUCCUUUUAAUAACAUUUUGAAAUUAUCCCAUAGAAUUAAAUUCCAUGUUCAUGCACUGCUCAAUCCUUCACUUAGCAAUCAAUAACACAUUUCUUUGAUAUACAUAUGCAUUAUUAAUGGCCUGUUUCUGUGCUGCCUAUUUACCGCUCAGCAUUAAUUAAUUCCGUCCAUUCUUUGUGCUUGUGGGACCUCUUUAGCAAGAGAGUUCUGUACCUGCAAGGCUGUUAUCUGCUGAUGUGCCACCAGAGCUGUGUGACUCACGCCUCCCGAUCAUACACUCAGCUUAGCUCACAGUAAUAAGUUAAGAUGGUGAUUUUUGUACAAGAACAUCACUUCUUAACUUUUUGACUGCUAUGGUUCCUCCCCAAGCUUCUAAAAUGGUUUGGGACAGGUUAUAGUAUGAUUUUGAAAGAUGCCAUUGGUAGCAAAAGGAGCUGUUGAUUAGUUAGUCUUUCAAUGCCUGUAGUAGAAUCCUUUGUUCUGUAAAAUUAUGGUCACAUUGACUUCAGCAGUCAAAAAGUUAAACAGUACACAGUCUGUUCACUCUAUCUUGAUGAGAAAGUUCUGCUUACUCAUGUUUAAUGUCAACAUUUUGUUGGUUACUUUCUCUUCCUCUCUGUAAAUGGUAGUGAGGGAGAUAUACUUGACUGGGAGAAGACAGGAAAGCUUCUCAUAAAAGCCAGAGUAAACAUUAUUUGGAUAAGUAGCUGAGAGUUUUACCUGUGUCAAGAAGAAUGGAUAGCUGUGUUUUAUCUCAAAUAAUGCCAGCCUUUAUUGUAAUCUUGAGUGUGUUGAAGGAAAAUGUAACUACUAAUGAAACUGGAUGAUGCAA